AUGUCUGCAUUAUGUUAUUUAUUCGUGCUUUCUUUCGUCAAAAGUGCAACAGGAGCUGCUGCUGCUAUUCCUACUAGAGAUGUGAUAGAUAAGAGUAAACCAGAUGCAGAGACUGUGCUCAGCGAAGCUGACUUUCAAAUUUAUUCCUUGGUGAAAGAUGUCACCAAAAUAGGUAUCAAGGUCAAGGAUGAUCCAACGAUGGGCAACAAGAUGGAAGGCGAUAUUGCUAUCGACGAUAUCAAAAAGUUUAUUGAAGAUAGCAACAAGCUAGGAAGAAGCGCCAUUCGACAAGCAUAUAGACGGUGGCCAAAUGCAGAGAUUCCGUACACGUUGUCGUCUCAGUAUGGUUCAUAUUCAAGAUCGGUGAUAGCAAGGGCUAUGCAGGAAUACCACGACAAGACCUGCGUUCGUUUCGUUCCACGUGAUCCAAGCAGGCAUGUUGACUAUAUUCAUAUACAUCCUGACGAUGGAUGUUACAGUUUGGUGGGCAAAACUGGAGGUCGACAACCGCUAUCUCUAGACUCCGGAUGCAUUCAAGUGGGCACAAUCGUUCAUGAGUUGAUGCAUGCGGUCGGCUUCUUCCAUGAACAGAGCAGGAAUCAUGUUUUGACGACAAUUGGAGAUGCACAUUUUGGUCACUAUUUACGUACUGUGAAGAUUAUGAAGAAAUCAAGUAUAUUGUAUGUCCGCUCUCUUGUGGCGCAUGUAAACCGAGGAAAUUUGGGAACAAAGCUCUUCCAAAGCGGCGGGAUGGAUGAACUUCGGGCAAUGCUGCGCAGAUCCUCGCAGGAACAUAGUGGAAUCCACCGACUAGCACAAAAUGCAGAGACAGCCGCAUCGCAUUUUCUCGAAGAAGAAAAAGCCACCACCAUCAUUUAG